GUCUAAUCAAUAAUGUCUUCGAUAGUGUUGGCAAUAUUUCUGGUCUUUGGAUCUAUACCCGGCCUUGUGGCUUUUGAGAUAGACAAGUUGAUCUACUGCAAUUUGUCACGUUGCGGUGAGGAGAACGUUGUUUGCCGAAAAGUCAACUACAGCUCUCCUUGCCGACCAAGAGCCCGAUUGGUGUCCUUGAGUGAUGAACAAAGGAAUGUAAUUCUCAACACGGUUAACCAGUUUAGGAACACGGCGGCCGCCGGCCUGACCCAUAAAUUGCUCCCCGCAGGACGAAUGGCUCGCAUCCAGUGGUCACCGGAGCUGGAGCACUUCGCCAUGAUGGAUGCGAUGAGCUGCGUGUCCAUGACGCGUCCCUGCAUGACGUCACCGAACUUUCCCAACAUGGGCAGCAUCUUUGAUAUGUACAGCUACUUGGGCAAAAGACAGAAUAGCUUAAAAAUUAUAACAGAGAUGAUCUCGCAAUGGACAAGCGAGGGACGUUAUGUGACCUCCAAGCAAACCGCCUUCCUCUCCGAAAACAGUGACUUGAAAUUCAUCCUUCGAGUUGCACUUUUGAUGUCCGAACGCAACACGCACAUGGGAUGUUCUGCGGUUAAACUUCAACACCAGCGCUUCAGAUAUCUGUACUUGAGUUGUACUUUUGCCACCAUGAAUAUCCUGGGGCUUCCCAUCUACAGGUCGGCUAAGUCACCUGCACAAAUGUGCCUAAAACGGGAUGUACUUUUCACCAAUCUAUGUGCCGCAGGCGAAAAGUAUCUUGAAAACGCCAAACUAGUUGACUUGAGAAUGCACGCUAAAUAAAAUGUAAGGGUUGAAGCCCCGCACUAUUUAUAUUUAAGUUCCUACAAUAAAGUUCUUCGUAGAGUGGAGUGUAAUUGCAUUGAUGAACUCAAAGCAAAAACAUCA